GCUGAGCUCAAAGUUUCAGUUUCAUUUCCUGGAUCGAUAAGAGGACGGAUCAAGAGAGAGAGAGGGGGGGGGAGAUAAAACAUUUUCCUGGUUGAACUCGGGACGAAGCGAUGGCCCUGGACAGGAUCCGAGAUUAUGGUCUGAAGGAGCUGUGCUCCCACGGGGGUUCUCUGGAGUACAGCUCCUUCAGGAGGAAGAUCUGCCAGUAUUUCCAGAUCUCUGGCAGGGAGCUGUGCCGGCUGCUCCGGAGAAAUGACCAGUGCUUCGCCAUCCUGCCGGGCAAGGGGAGCUCCACAUCGCCGGAGCUGCCCGAGGACAGCCAGCUGAUUGCCAGCACCUCGCUCAGGCUCUGCAAGGACUUCCUCAAGAAGGACUGCGACGGCUCCUGUGGUCAGCUCCACCUCUGCAAAUUCUUCCUCCUGGGGAACUGCAAAUUCUCCAAGGGAAGGACCACCUGCAACUUCUCGCACACCGUCCACUCUUCCCACAAUGUCCCUGUGCUGAUUGCUAACAAGCUUCGCAUGCUGAGCGAGCUGGAACUCUGUCAACUGCUGCUGCAGAAUGAUCCAUCCUUGCUGCCUGAGCUUUCGCCGCUCUUUUGGUUGGACGCGCUUGUGUGCGUGUGGGACUCACGGACCUGUGAAUUUCUGCUGUUGCAGAUCUGCACAUUUUACAACAAAGGCCCUGGUCACUAUGGUGGCUGCACCCGUGGGCAGGCGUGCACCAAGCUUCACAUCUGCCUCCACUUUGCCCAGGGCUCCUGCAAGUUUGGGCCAAACUGCAAACGCUGCCAUAGUUUCCGUGACAACAACAGCUCGGUGACCCUCGAGAACCUGAGCCCAGAGGUGACCCAGCGCUUGCAGCAAAUAUACCAGAACGUCUACAGCCUCAAAAACUACAAGUCGUCCGACGGCAAGGAAAAGACACCCCGAUCCCGUCAAUCUUCCGGCAGCACCAGCGGUGACGUGGACAGCGAGGAGAUCUGCCUCUACUUCGUCAGGAAGAACUGUAGCUUCAAAGAUAAGUGUAUCCGGAUUCACUCCAGGCUCCCUUAUCAAUGGCAGGUUUAUGAGGAAACGUGGAAAGAUAUCCUGAACACGGAGCAAAUCGAAAAGGAUUACUGCGAUCCCAACAAGACCAGGUCUCUACAAGUUGAUUUUAAUGCCAUGGUAAAAGACUUCAGUCAGGUUAGACGCUUGUCCACAGCCUCCUCGGUUACAAAACCUCCUCACUACAUCCUCACCACCGAAUGGCUUUGGUACUGGAAAGAUGAAUUUGGAAAGUGGAUUGAAUUUGGGAAGCAGGAAGGGCAACACAGUGCUGCCAGCACAACGUCUGUCGACCUGGAGAAGGCAUAUUUGGCAGACAGCAAUGGGCAAGUGGAGUUCACAGCUGGAAGAUACCAAUACGUGUUGAACUUCAAAGAAAUGUCUCAGAGAAACACACGCCUUGGGACUCAGAGAGAUGUACGGAGAAGGCCCAAGUUCGUCUCUGAACAGGAUGUAGAGAAUCAGAUACAAAACCAAGGAAAACCUGGACAGGAGCAGUCAGGUACCACUCAAGGAAAAUGCAUCCCAGCACACUGGGAUAAGUCCGUUCCUGCAGACAUGGAAUAUAAGCUUGUCCUCUUGCCCGAGUCCUCGGAGGAAUAUAAACAGGUGCAGGCCCUCUUUCAGCGGACAAUGAGGAACAAUGUGAUCCGGAAAAUCGAACGAAUCCAAAACCAGGCCCUUUGGGAAGUCUUUCAAUGGCAGAAGGAGCAGAUGAAGAAGGUCAGCAAUGGCACGGACGUGGCUGAGAGGCAGCUUUUCCAUGGCACUGAUCCUCAAUAUAUCGAGGCCAUCUGUCAGCAGAACUUUGACUGGAGGAUCUGCGGAGUUCAUGGAACCACCUAUGGCAAAGGAAGUUACUUUGCCAGGGAUGCAUCCUAUUCCCACAACUACUGCCGACGUGGGCAAACCACGAUGACCAUGUUUGUUGCUCGGGUUUUGGUGGGGCAGUUUGUGAAAGGAAGCUCAUCUUACCUCCGGCCACCAUUGAGAGACGGCUCGAGGGUCAGCUAUUAUGACAGUUGCGUUAACGAUGUCUCCAACCCAUCCAUAUUUGUCAUCUUUGAGAAGCACCAAAUCUACCCUGAGUACGUUAUCGAGUACAACAGCUAAAGAAAGCUACACUUGCAGAAGUAGGAUUUGGCUGGUUCCACGUCUGCACGUUGAAGGAACCUGAUCAUGCUUCACCUCGAUGCCUCCCUGUCAAAUAGAAGCACUAAAACACACAAAUGUGCGAUCUAUUAGAAAUGCAUCCUAUCUGGUUCAUUUAUAUUGGCCUCUGCCUUCCUGUUAUGUUAAAGCUACCCUGACAUUCCAAAUUAUAGCUCCUUUGUACUGCUUUUGAUACAACUGAGUGGCUUGCCUGGCCCUUUCAGAGGGGGCGGUUAAGAGUCACCAACAUUGCCGAGGGUCUGGAGUCGCAUGUAGGCCAGACCGGGUAAGGACAGCAGAUUUCCUUCCCUAAAGGAACCAGAUGGGCUAUUAGACCAAGCGGUAGUUUUAUGAGUCAUCAUCGCUGAUACCAGCUUUUCACUCCACAUUUAUUUAGUUAACUAUGUUUAAAUUUUUUGGUUGUCAUGGGUGGGAUUCGAGUUUAGGUCUUAAUUGAUUAGAUAGUUGUUUGGAAGUACAGAAUUUGAGGUUUGCUUAAAAAAAAAAGUUUUUUUGUCAAACUUUUUUGUCUUGCACUCAUCAGGACAAUUCGCAAGAAAAUACCAAUUUCAGGGGAAGGAACACGUUAUAAAGUGUUGUUCCCUUUACAUUGUGAAUUGUUCUGAUGAGUGUAAGAUGAAAAGCCUCCACACAAAAGUCUCUUUUUUCAGCAAUACUCUUACUUGAUUAUUAGUCCAGAUCUCUAUAUUACUAGUCCAGCAAUAUAACCACUAUUCUAUUUUAACUUCAUCCAUUUGGGACCAUUUAAGCUUUCUCCGCUUUAUGAUAAAUUCCUUUCUUUGAUAGUGCCAGAAAUGUUCUCGUGUACUAACCCUUAUUGAAAUUAUGCUUACAAAGUAGAGGUUUUAAAAACGUGAAAUCCUGCGGAUGCUGGAAAUCCAAAGUAAAAAUAGAAAAUGUUGGAAAGUGCUUAGCAUCGGCGGAGAGAGAGAGAGAAACAGAAUUAACGGCUGGGAUUUUAUGCAGCAGUGGUGGCCACUGGCAGGAUAGUCGGGAGUAACUUGGCCUCGGCUGCUCCUGACACCCCUGGGGCUGGUUUUAUGUACUUCAGGCAAUUGACUGCCUGGCAUUUGGGCUCUCGCCCCUUUAAGGGACCCCCACCCGUCCCCGCCCCCACCAAGAGCUGCUGGCCAAUCGGAGGGCUGGCAGCUCUUCAGCACCAGUAGCGCCACCGAGAGCAGUGGCCACUGCUGGUACUGCAACCAGGCAGGACCAGCAGAAUUGGAAGAGUGGAAGUGAGUGGGGUUCCCCCUCAUUGGGGCCAGUCAGCCAAGGUGUUGGGGGGGUGGGUAUGGUGGGUGGCAGCGAUCGGGUUGUUGGUGAGGGCAGCCCUUGCUGGACUGUAUAUGGACCACAGGGUGACUGAUCAGGAGGGCGUCCACCUCCCCGAAGCCCGGAUAGAUGCUGCCAGGGUAUACCUGGCAUUCCUCCCCUCCCCCCUCGUGGCAAAGGGUCCCAUCCUCCCACUGCCUCUGGUAAGAUAAUGGCAGUAGCAGGGAGAGGCCAGAAGUUGACCACUGAAGCGCCUCAGUUGGCCUCUGGGCAUGAGGGCCAUUCAUCCUGCCACCCGAUUUUUCACUCCUACCGCAUACACUCACCCAGGAAAGCUCGGUGGGGCCCCCAUAAAAUCCUGGCCAACGCGCUUAAGGUCAAUGACCCUUGUGUCAGAAGUGGAAGAGAAGCCGUUAGAAAUGAACAACUUUGAAACGAAUACAAAGCCAGGGAAAAGGGGG